AUGGAGCUUCCAAAUUUUGAGGAAGCAUAUAAAAGGUAUGAAACUGAAAAACAGAAGGCAAUCAAGGAGAAAAAAAGGGCAGAGUCUGAGAUGGCGAAAGCUGAAAAGCAGAAAAAGCUUGUGGAAAUGAAUUGGAAGAAGGCUAUGGAAGAAGAAUCUCGUGCUGAUCAUCUGUUUACGCAGUUAGACAAAGCUAAGAAGAAGAUUGAGGAGUUAUCCUCUAGAAAAUUGAUUGAGGCAUCUGCUGUUGAACUUGGAAAAGAUAUGGGUGCUGAAAGUGCGAAAGUGAAAGAUUUGAAGAAACAACUUAAGUUUGAGAAAAUGCAAAAGAAGCAUGCCAAAGAAGUAGUCAAGCUGGAAAGAAGUCGGAACAGCAUCCUGCAACAAGAACUAGGUCGCUUGAAGUUUGAGUUCAAUCAAUUUUCACAGCGCCUGGGUAUGCUAAAUACAGCUUUCUCGCAUAGUGCGGAAGGUAUAGAUGACCCAGAAAAGAUGAACAUUGAAAGUGGAUUUAAACGUCUGAAGCCGAACUGCCCAGUUUUGGAUGCAUCUCAACGUACUGCACCAUUUCUUCCUUUAUCUGGAGGAAACUGCACUGAUUCUAUUUCAGGUAUUGAUUAUAUAUUGGAGUCUCCUGUCAGAGGCUCUAACAGAAAAAUGUUACAGAGUUAUCCAAUAAAUUCCAGUACAGCAUCUUUUUCUGAUGGACAGUGGUGGGCUCACAGGAUAAGGGUGCCUUUUCUUUACCGCGUCAGAAAAUUGGUUGAAGAGAAUGUUCAACCAACAAUAUCCAACUUGUCUGCUGAGGUUACCAAAAUAAAUUGCUAUGAAAAUGUUGCCGUGGUGGCUGAAAAUAGUGUCAGAAGUCCUGUCAGAACUGAUGGGGUUGGAAGAGUUGAUGAGCAGAGUAGGAAGAGAAAGAGGAUACUUCAUGCAGUUGAAUCAAUUGAAAAUCUAUAUUUUGAGGGUAAGAAGUUGCACCUGCGGGUAGAGGAGAACCUUUCUGUUUUGCACUGUUUGUUGAACAAGCAAAUUGAAAAACCUUUUGAAGAAGGGAGGAAUCUGCUUCCUGGUCUUCAGGGUGAUUCAUAUGCAAAGCAUGGAAGGGAUUAUGAGAAGGGGAAGGAAAGUACUGAAGAGAAACUAAUAAUGCAGAAUUAUGCUGAUGGUAAUGAGGCAAAAGAAGGCCAAUAA